AUGAAGCUCGUCCGGUUCUUGAUGAAGUGCGCCAAUGAGACGGUGACGAUCGAGCUCAAGAAUGGCACCAUCGUCCACGGCACGAUAGCGUCCGUCACCCCCCAAAUGAACACGGCUCUACGCACUGUCAAGAUGACGCCUAAAGGCGGCAGCCCGGUCUCCCUCGACACCAUGAACAUCCGCGGCUCCACUGUCCGAUACUUCAUCCUACCCGACUCGCUAGCGCUCGAUACCUUGCUCGUCGAUGACGCACCCAAGCCCAAGAACAAGGCCCGCAAAGAGGUCGCAGACAGGGGAGGUCGUGGAGGACGUGGCGGGCGAGGCAGAGGCGGUGGCCGGGGGCGUGGCCGUGGCCGCGGUCGAGGUUAG